UUUUCUCAGUGGGGGUAAUGCUGCCACCUUGUGUUGGCUCCCCUCGCCUCAGAGAGCCUCCCUGGGGCUGGAGCUCUGGAUAGCACUCCGCUUCCACCUGGGACGUCCGUCGGGACAAGCCUACGCUUUCACCGCCCUAUCCGGACUACUUCGAGGUCCCUGAAGACCCUGAAGAGGUCCUCCAGUCAGUCAGUCAGUCAGAGCGCGAAGCUGAACGCAAAUGUCCCCUCUUCUCACGCGUGUUCAGAGCGACUGGUUCACAGCGCGGCGUGAGGGUUUGCUCCUGUGAUUAAAAGUUACCUGUUCAACAUGGCUUCUUCCGCCACAGGUGACCGCGAAGAGCAGACGGAUGUAAAUGCCUGUUAUCUGCGAUCAGCUCGGGCCGGGAACCUCGAGAAAGCUUUGGACUACCUGAAGAAUGGAGUCGACAUCAAUAUUUGCAAUCAGAAUGGGCUGAAUGCUCUCCAUCUGGCCUCCAAGGAGGGACAUGUGGAAGUGGUGGCUGAGCUCAUCAAACAUGGCGCCAAUGUGGAUGCAGCCACCAAGAAAGGAAACACGGCCCUCCACAUUGCUUCUCUUGCUGGGCAGACAGAGGUGGUGAAGGAGCUCGUCGCCCACAACGCCAACGUCAAUGCACAGUCUCAGAAUGGCUUCACUCCGCUGUACAUGGCAGCGCAGGAGAACCACUUGGAUGUGGUGCAGUUCUUAUUGGACAACAGCUCCAGUCAGAGCAUCGCCACCGAGGAUGGUUUCACUCCCCUGGCGGUGGCGCUACAGCAGGGUCACGAGCAGGUGGUUUCCCUCCUCCUGGAAAACGACACCAAGGGGAAGGUCCGCCUACCUGCGCUGCACAUCGCGGCGCGGAAAGACGACACCAAGGCCGCCGCCCUCCUCCUCCAGAACGACCACAACGCUGACGUGGAGUCCAAGAUGAUGGUGAAUAGAACAACAGAGAGCGGUUUCACGCCUCUGCACAUCGCGGCUCACUACGGCAACAUCAACGUGGCGACGCUGCUGCUGAACAGAGGGGCAGCUGUGGACUUCAAGGCGAGGAAUGACAUCACGCCGCUGCACGUAGCCUCGAAACGCGGAAACACCAACAUGGUGCGGCUGCUGCUCGAGCGGGGGGCCAAGAUCGAUGCACGGACCAAGGACGGUUUGACUCCCCUCCACUGUGGAGCCCGGAGUGGCCAUGAGCAGGUGGUGGAGAUGCUGCUGAACAGAGGAGCUCCAAUCCUGUCAAAGACCAAGAACGGUUUGUCUCCGCUCCACAUGGCGACGCAGGGCGACCACCUCAACUGCGUCCAGCUGCUGCUGCACCACGAGGUGCCCGUGGACGACGUCACCAACGACUACCUGACGGCGCUGCACGUGGCCGCACACUGCGGCCACUACAAGGUGGCAAAGGUCAUCGUGGACAAGAAGGCCAACCCCAACGCCAAGGCGCUGAAUGGUUUCACUCCCCUGCACAUUGCCUGCAAGAAAAACAGAGUCAAGGUGAUGGAGCUGCUUCUGAAGCAUGGAGCGUCCAUACAGGCAGUCACUGAGUCCGGUCUGACUCCCAUCCACGUCGCAGCCUUUAUGGGACACGACAACAUCGUCCACCAGCUAAUCAACCACGGGGCUUCGCCGAACACAAGCAAUGUGAGGGGGGAGACAGCUCUCCACAUGGCCGCCAGGGCAGGACAGUCGAAUGUGGUCCGAUAUCUGAUCCAGAAUGGAGCGCGAGUCGAUGCCACAGCCAAGGACGACCAGACUCCGCUGCACAUCUCAAGCCGUCUCGGUAAGCAGGACAUUGUCCAACAGCUGCUGGCGAACGGAGCAUGCCCAGACGCCACCACCAGCUCCGGAUACACACCUUUACACCUCGCCGCCAGGGAGGGACACAGAGAUGUGGCCUCUGCGCUGCUGGACCAAGGAGCUAAUCUGGGCAUCAUAACCAAGAAGGGCUUCACUCCUUUGCAUGUGGCUGCAAAGUACGGGAAGAUCGAGGUCGCCAACCUGCUGCUGCAGAAAAACGCUCCGCCUGAUGCUGCCGGGAAGAGUGGACUAACUCCACUGCAUGUGGCAGCGCACUAUGAUAACCAGAAGGUGGCGCUGCUCUUGCUCAACCAGGGGGCUUCACCACACGCUGCUGCAAAGAACGGCUACACGCCGCUCCACAUUGCAGCUAAGAAGAAUCAGAUGGAGAUCACCACCACCUUACUGGAGUACGGUGCCUCCACCAACGCGGUGACGCGCCAGGGGAUCACUCCUCUGCACCUCGCGGCGCAGGAAGGCAACGUGGACAUCGUGACGCUGCUGCUGGCUCGAGACGCUCCUGUAAACAUGGGCAAUAAGUCCGGUCUGACUCCGCUCCACCUGGCUGCCCAGGAGGAUAAAGUCAACGUCGCUGAAGUCCUUGUUAACCACGGAGCUACGAUAGACCCUGAGACCAAGCUGGGAUACACUCCUCUCCAUGUGGCCUGUCACUAUGGCAACGUGAAGAUGGUCAGUUUCCUGCUGAAAAACCAGGCGAAGGUCAACGCUAAGACCAAGAACGGUUACACACCCCUCCAUCAGGCCGCACAGCAGGGACACACACACAUCAUCAACCUGCUGCUACUUCACGGAGCGUCGCCCAACGAGCUCACCGCUAAUGGGAACAGUGCUCUGUCCAUCGCCAGGAGGCUCGGCUACAUCUCUGUGGUUGACACGCUCAAAGUGGUCACUGAGGAAACUCUGACCACUCAGACUGUGAUAGAGAAGCACAAGAUGAACGUUCCAGAGACCAUGAACGAGGUGUUGGACAUGUCCGAUGACGAAGUCUGUAAAGCCAAUGUCCCCGAAAUGAUCACGGAGGACUAUUUAUCUGAUGUGGAAGAAGACGUGGAUGCUGGAAAUGUCUGCAUCAGCUACACCUGUGACGAUGCGAUGACGGGGGACACGGACAAAUACCUGGCCCCCCAGGACCUGCGGGAGCUGGGGGACGACUCGCUCCCUCAGGAGGGCUACAUGGGCUUCAGCGUUGGUGCGCGCUCACAGAGCCUGCGUUCCUUCAGUUCUGAUAGGUCCAACACACUGAACCGGAGCUCGUUCACACGGGACAGCAUGAUGAUAGAGGAGAUGCUGGCAUCCAAUAAGGACAUGCAUUUGGCGGUGGCCAAGGACAACGACAGCGACUCUCUGAGGAGGUACAGCUGGACUGCAGACGCGAUGGAUAAUGUCAACCUCGUCUCCUCGCCAGUGCACUCCGGUUUUUCCUCUCCGCUCCCGCAGUACGACAGCAGGUUCCUGGUCAGCUUCAUGGUCGACGCCAGGGGUGGCUCCAUGAGAGGAAGUCGUCACAACGGCAUGCGCAUCAUCAUCCCGCCCAGAAAGUGUACGGCGCCCACCAGGAUCACCUGUCGACUGGUCAAGAGACACAAACUGGCAUCGCCUCCUCCGAUGGUGGAAGGAGAAGGCCUGGCCAGCCGACUGGUUGAGGUCGGUCCAGCAGGAGCUCAGUUCCUCGGGCCUGUGAUAGUGGAGAUCCCGCACUUUGGCUCAAUGCGAGGCCAGGAGAGAGAGCUGAUCCUACUGCGCAGCGAGAACGGAGAAACCUGGAAGGAGCAUCUGUACGACUACAAGACUGACGACCUCAAUCAGCUCCUCAGCGGGAUGGAUGAAGAACUGGACAGUCCUGAGGAGCUUGAGAGGAAGAGAAUCUGCCGUAUCAUCACCAAGGACUUCCCACAGUACUUUGCUGUCGUGUCUCGAAUCAGGCAGGAGACCCAUCAGAUGGGACCAGAGGGUGGGACUCUGUGCAGCCGAAGUGUCCCAUUGGUUCAGGCUUCUUUCCCUGAGGGGGCAUUAACCAAAAAGAUAAAAGUUGGACUACAGGCCCAGCCGGUACCUGAUGAGACUGUAAAGAAAAUCCUGGGUAACCGAGCAACCUUCAGCCCCAUCGUUACCGUGGAGCCCAGAAGAAGGAAGUUCCACAAGCCCAUCACCAUGACGAUCCCAGUCCCACCCCUCUCAGGGGAGGGGCUUACCAAUGGCUACAAGGGAGACUGUACUCCAUGUCUCCGCCUCCUCUGUAGCAUUACAGGUGGGACGUCUCCAGCACAGUGGGAAGAUAUCACUGGCACAACUCCUCUCACCUUCAUCAAUGACUGUGUCUCCUUUACCACCAACGUUUCUGCUCGAUUCUGGUUAGCAGACUGCCAUCAGAUCCCAGAGACGGUGGGCUUGGCUACGCAGCUGUACAGGGAGCUGAUCUGUGUGCCCUACAUGGCCAAGUUUGUGGUGUUUGCUAAGAUGAAUGACCCAGUGGAGUCCAGAUUGAGGUGCUUCUGUAUGACAGACGACAAGGUGGAUAAGACCCUGGAGCAGCAGGAGAACUUUGAGGAGGUGGCCAGGAGCAAAGACAUAGAGGUUCUGGAGGGCAGGCCCAUCUAUGUGGAUUGCUAUGGAAACUUGUCUCCUCUGACCAAAGCUGGUCAGCAGUUAGUUCUCAACUUCUACGCCUUCAAGGAGAACCGUUUGCCCUUCUGUGUCAAGGUGAGAGAUCCCAGCCAGGAGCCCUGCGGUCGCCUUACGUUCCUCAAAGAGUGUAAGAUCACUAAAGGCCUCCCACAAACCGCCGUGUGUAACCUGAAUAUCACACUUCCUGCAGUGAAAAAGGAAAUGGAGUCAGAUGCCGAGGAUGAGACUGAAAAGCCAGAGCGACGUCAUACCUUUGCAUCCCUAGCCUUACGUAAGCGCUACAGCUAUCUGGCCGAGCCUGCACUGAGCCCUCAGAGUCCCUGCGAGAGAACAGACCUCCGCAUGGCGAUAGUAGCCGACCACCUCGGACUCAGCUGGACUGAGCUGGCCAGGGAGCUGGAUUUCUCUGUGGACGAGAUCAACUUCAUCAGAGUGGAGAACCCCAAUUCCCUGACAGCACAGAGCUUCAUGCUCCUAAAGAAAUGGGUGCACAGGGACGGUAAAAAUGCCACAACGGAUACUUUAACUGCGGUGCUGACUAAGAUCAAUCGGUUGGAUAUUGUGACUUUGCUGGAAGGGCCCAUAUUUGACUACGGUAACAUUUCAGGCACACGCUGCUUUGCCGAUGAUAACGCGGUAUUCCCGGAUCAGUCCGAUGGAUACCAAAAUAUAGAUCUGGAGCUGAAAACCCCCUCAGACCUGAACUACGUGCCCCCCACCCCGCUGCGCUCAGAUGACUUCUUUAGCGAGGGCGAUGCUAGCACAGACUCCCCUACCAGGACCACCCUCACUAGACCUAGCGACCUCUCUCUCACUCAGACCACCAGCACCUCCAGCAGCGACCCCCUCACGGUCGUCCCGGCCCCUCGCUCCGAUGCCACGGAGCCCCCCAUUGUUGUGGCUGAAGACACGACCUUGACCACUACAGGAGCAGGGAUGUCUGCGGAGGAGAAGUCAGGGCUGGUGUCUUACGAGAGGCCGGAUAAUGACAGGAGGGCAAUAGAGCAAUCCAGAAAGGAAAGAGACGGGCAUGCUGAGCUUGUUUUGGAGCAUCAGGGAGGAAAACAAAAAGAGGACGCUGCCACAGUCGCUGGUCACGGAAAUGGAAGGCAGGAAGAAGAAGCAGAGGAGGAGGAGAUGACCCGGGAGAGGCUCCAGAGUCUGCUGGAGGAUAUAAACCUGGAGGGAGGCUUGGAGGAUGUGGAGAUGACAGAGGAGGGGGUGAAAGCCAUCCUCGAACAAGUACAGCAAGCAGAAAAAGACGUGUGCUCAGUUCCAGGCUGGAGAAGCGAGACGUCCGGCGCGAUCGUAGAGUCGGCAGCUCCUGGCCAAAGCCCCGGUGCUGAGGAGGGCAGCCCAGACAGUCUGGCUGAUUCUCUGGAGCAGCCCCCGGCUCAGGCCGACAGACACAACGGAGAUCGCAGUGACGAGGCCAAGAAGAAGGGCUCUCAGGAGGACAGCAGCACAGCAGGACCAAGCAGGGGACACGAGGACGGAGGUGAAAGGUCCCAGCACAAAGUCCAGGGGAGCCUAAGGGCUGACGAGUCCGGCUCUGACGAGGAGACCACCGUCACCACCCGGGUGUACCGCAGACGAGUCAUUCUGAAGGGAGAGGAGGCCAAAAACAUUCCUGGAGAGUCUGUGAUGGAGGAGCAGUUCACAGAUGAAGACGGGAAUCUGGUCACCAGAAAAGUGAUCAGAAAGGUGGUGCGCCGUGUGGUCAACACGGAGGACAGGAGGAUAAGUGAAGGCGAAACUGUUGCAGAAGAAGGUGUUGGUGGUGUUGUUGUUGGUGGUGUGGCGACAGGUGGAGCAGAUGCUGCUCUCUCAGCAGGAGGAGGAGCCACUGGGGGGAAGGGCAAGAAGAGGGGGAAGCGCUCCCGUCAGGGCCACAAAGCGGUGAAGUCCGGAGAGGAGACCCUGAGAGGGAAAACUGAGCCUGGAGACGGCGCCGGCAAGAAGCAAGGGAAGAAGAUUCAGUCAUAACAAUAGAGCUCUCAACUAAACCAGGUCCACUGACGUCCACCUGAGACACCACACACACCCGGGGAGGAAACGCCUCGUCAAUCGGCCAUAACGUGUCUGAAGCUUUCACCUACAGCGCAUGGUUUCUACAGCAAGACAACGCAAAAACAAGUUACUUCUCUUUGAUUUCGCAUGAGCAUGUCACCAAAACUCACUCAGUGUUGGAAACUGACACCGAAGGACACGCAUGGACGUGAGCUGGAACUUUCCCAUCUCUGUGAGCAAAGAUGGUCCAAACAGGAAUCUGAAAACCGCUGACAGAAAAGGAAAAAGACGUGCGAUUCGCGCUCUCUCAGACUCGCCUUAUGUGGUCUGUUAUUUUCCUCGCGGACCCACGUUAUCGGGCUGUAACACGCGGUUCUUUUUUUUAAACAAAGAAAAUUAAAUCUAAUAGCAAAUGGGUGAUUUUGAUGUAUAUAAAUGACACUGUAUAAAAUCUGGGGGGGAAAAAAGAAAAAAAGAGUAGCUUCACAGAUUGUUUAUGCACUGAUUUGAGUCAAAGCUUUGCAGAGUCGGUGCGUUCGUGCCGAGAGGUCGACGCCAUUUGAGCAGCCUCGAGUGACCCGCCACGCUCUUCCAAAUGAAUAUAAAAGAGGAAAAAAAAAAACAAAACAAAACAAAUGGAGAGAAAAAGAAACUGCCUGAUGGUGAACAGAGGAUGUUUCUUGAAAGCCAACAGCUACUUCCGCUCUGUCUGUGGGGACUUUCUCCAGAGAAAUGAUAUUUUGCUGCAUGUGACGUCACUUUAAUUUUAUUGCUUUCCUUUUUGUUUUUUUUUCCUCCUAAUUCAAAAGCACUGUAAUACAACUAGAGAGGGAUGAUUUUUGAUGGUACUUCUGUGUGUGUGAGCACUCAUAAUAACACAACCAUCCGUCAUCUAUAACUGUUUUUACCAAGAUGAAAACGCACUCGAGUGGCGCAGAUAGAAAACGCUUCGGUCUCACGCUUCAGGAAGGUCCCUGAAUGUAACCUGCAGACUCUGUGUGUGCGUGUGUGUGUGUGAGAGCGUGCGUGUGUGUGUGUGUGUGCACGCAACAUCUCCAUCUGUAAGCCCAUCAUGCAAGCCAGAAGUGUACGUCAAAGCUUUUAGGUCUGCUGUGGUUUUAAAAAAAAGGGGGGCUCUUUUCAUUUUGACGGUUUGAUGACUUUUAUCUUUAACGGGCUGUUAAUUACACGAGAACAGAGAAUCUCGUUUUUGGCGGCAUCAUCCACGUCUAAUCGUUUUUACCACAUCACAUAAAUCAUAGUAUUGAUCACACCUUGUUAAAAACCUGAUUUUCUGUUCCUGUGUAAAUCUGUUUGUUUUUUUUUAAAGUUUUGUCUUUUCUUUUUUUCAUACAAAACCACCCUGAGCAUCCACUGUUGAUGAAAAAUCUGGUACCGACAUGUAUGAAGAACCAACAUAGCCUACACUGGAUGAUCCAAGUAAUUAUUUAAGCAUAAAAAUAAAUUGUGUUUAAACCCUG